AUGAUUUUUUUCACUAAAAUCGUCGAAUUCAAAGACCUUGAUCUCAAGGAAUUUGACUAUGCGAUCGUGCACCGAAGCAAUGAAACGGUGGGUGAAAAAUCCAUCGAGGAAAGGUUAGAAAAUUUUGAGAUCAACAAAGAAUUUAUCGGCGAAAAAGGUCAUAACGACAAAAAAUACUGGGAGUUACUUGGUAUCUUUUCUCCGCCACCUGAAUUCCGAAUCGAAUUCCUUCAUAAAACAUCGGAAGGUUUAUUUGACAAAUACUAUAGAGGCAAGCACUUCACCAAUUACAUCUAUCGGAUCACCAAAGGAUUAUCUAAACAAUUCGUUGACGCUCACAACAACAAUGAUAAUUUUGACCAUGACCUUCUGGAACUUUAUACCAUUGGAACUUUAAGGCAAUUCGAGAAAAAAAGAAUCGUCAAUGAGAUAUUAUUUGUGCCCAAUUCAAAAAAAGGUUAUCCCCGAGAAUUCAGGAUAAAUAUGAAAGAAAUCUGA